CUGAAUUACAGAUUGCUGAAGCCGUUGCUCUUGUAGAUACCCUUCAGAACUGGACGGUUUUAGAGAAAAUAAUUAUUCCGACAAAAAAUCCUGACAAGAAGUUUAUUUUUGGCAAAGGAAACUUUCAGGUUUUGACAGAAAAGAUUAAAAAAUUGCCCCAUGUGACAGCUGUCUUCUUGAAUGUGGAAAGAAUAUCUUCACUAACAAAGAAAGAACUAGAAGAUGCCUGGGGCGUGAAAGUCUUUGACAGAUACACUGUUGUACUUCACAUUUUUCGUUGUAAUGCCCGGACCAAAGAAGCAAAACUUCAGAUAGCGUUGGCUGAAAUUCCGCUUCUCAGGUCAAAUCUGAAAAAUGAGGUGUCUCAGCUAGAUCAGCAGAGAGGUGGAUCAAGAUACAUCAUGGGCUCAGGUGAAACAUUCAUGGAGACACAGACUCGUAUGUUGAAAGAAAAAGAGCUUAAAAUUAGGAAUGCCCUGGAGAAACUAAGAAGAAAAAGGUCUUUACUUAGAACUCAGCGCAGAAAACGCGAGUUUCCGAUUAUCUCAGUAAUGGGCUAUACUAAUUGUGGAAAAACUACCUUGAUCAAAGCCUUGACUGGGGAAGCAGGACUACAACCCAGGGAUCAGCUUUUUGCCACUCUGGAUAUUACAGCCCAUGCUGGCUAUCUGCCCUCGCAUAUGGCAGUUAUUUAUGUUGACACGAUUGGGUUUCUGACUGAUCUUCCACAUAAUCUGGUUGAGUCCUUUUCAGCUACGUUAGAAGAAGUGGCUUACUCAGAUCUGAUAGUUCAUGUGAGGGAUAUUACUCAUCCAGAAACCAUCCUCCAGAAAGCGACCGUUCUGUCAGUUCUGAAGAAUCUUAAUCUUCCCAGCCAUUUAUUGGACUCAAUGGUAGAAGUACAUAACAAAGUGGAUUUGAUAGAAAG